AUGCACGUUGUAGUCUUCGGCGGCGGCGGCCAGUGUGCGCGCCACUUUGCCCGCCUCCGCGGCGAGCACGAGGUCACUUCCGUCGUGCGCGACGACAAGCACAAUGCCGAUCUCGAAAAGCUCGGGGCGACGCCGGCGAUUCUCUCACUCGAAACCGCUAGCGCCGAGGACCUCGCCGCGCUUCUCAAAGAGCGCAAGGCGGACGCGGUGCUCUUCGCGGCCGGCGCUGGCGCCGGCUCCACCGAGGAGCGCACUCGUACAGUCGACUACCAAGGCGCCGUGAAGGUGUACGAGGCGUGCCGGCUCGCGGGUGUCAAGCGUUUCGUCAUGAUUUCGUCCGUGGACGUGCGUGACCGCUCCAAGCCCGUGCCGGCGCACUACACCGAGGCGAGCCGCACCAUGAGCGACAUGGCGUGGGGCGCGAUCGGGAUGUACCUCAAGGCCAAGUACGACGCCGAGAAGGCGCUGCACGACACGCAGCUCGACUACACUGUCAUCCGCCCCGGCCGGCUGAUGGACGAGCCGGCGGGCGGUGCCAAGGUCGGCGCGCUCCAGAUCGAGGCGACGUCGCGCGAGCUCGUCGCCAAGGCGUGCUGGGAAGUUCUUGCGCAGCCGGGUACGGCGGGGCUCACGCUCGACGUCAUGGACGGCGAGGGCGACCUGAGCAAGGAGGUUGCGCGGUGUGCUGAGCAGCGCACGGACGCAUGGACUGGCUAG